AUGGCGUCGCCUUGUGACGUGUCGGACGCGGAUUGGGUGAUCAACCUCUGGUCGGGACCGCGGUCGCUCAGCACAAGCCUCAUGUACUCCUUCGCUCAGGCACGGCUGAUCCGCCCAGACACGGUUGUGGUGGACGAGCCUCUCUAUGCCGACUUCCUGACAGUCACCGGUGCUCCCCGGCCAUACAGGCAGCUGGUGCUGGAUAGCAUGGAUUCUAACGGCAAGAGGGUGGUUGACGAAGUGGUGUACGGCCCUCAAAGAUCCAAACCUCUUCGUUUUGUUAAGCACAUGGCAAAGCAGUGCCGAGAGGAGCUUCAGGCUUCGCUACUGUCACGCGGGCAGCAUGUCAUUCUCAUCCGCGAUCCUAUGCUGCUCAUUCCCUCUUUCGGAGAGGUCUCCCCCCCUUCUCUCUCUGAGACGGCUCUCCCCCACCUCCUCGCCAUCCACUCUGCGCUCUCUCACAUGGACCGACCCCCACCCGUGGUGGACGCUACACGAUUGCAGUCCAACCCCCAGGGCGUUCUCAGGGCGCUCUGCCAAGCGCUAGACAUCCCCUUCUAUCCGGAAAUGCUCUCCUGGCCUGCAGGGAAACGGCCAGAGGACGGAGUGUGGGCUCCAUGGUGGUAUACCACCACACACGCCUCCACUGGUUUCGCUCCCCCUGCUCUCUACCCUAAGCCUAAGAUGCCCACACCACACUGCACCCACUCAUACCAUUCUGUUCCCACUUCCGUUUGUGUUCCCGCUCUCUGUCCUCUCCCUACCCCCUCCUCUCAGCCCUUCCCAAUGGCCCACUAUUCUCUCCUGGAGGACUGUCGGCCGUUCUACUCCUUGCUCCUCUCCAAAGCCCUCGUACCGCUCACCACCACUGCCAACUCCUCCACCACCACUCCCACCACCAUCUCCCCCUCUAUCUCCGCCUCACCCCUCCCCUCGCCGCCUCUCCCUGUGCCGGCUAACGAGAAGCUGCUGGUGUGGGUGGGGGAGGAGGGGCUGGUAACCAGACGAGACGCCAAGGUAGCAGCUGCUGGUGUGGGUGGGGGAGGAGGGGCUGGUGCCGAGGCGGGACGCCAAGUGCAUCGCCUCUCCCCUCGCCGCCUCUCCCUGUGCCGGCCAACAAGAGGCUGCUGGUGUGGGUGGGUGGGGGAGGAGGGGCUGGUAGACGUCAAGAUUCACGUGCUGGACUCUGCAGUGCAGGGGGGAGACGCCGUGUGGGAGGGGCUGAGGGUGUAUGAUGGUCGCAUAUUCAAGCUGCAAGAGCACCUCGACCGUCUCUUUGACUCUUCCAAGGCUAUGGCAUUUGCAAACGUGCCAACGCGGGAACAUGUGGUGCAUGCGCUGGUAUCUACCCUUGCUGCGAACGGCAUGAGGGACUACGCCCAUGUUCGACUCACACUUACUCGUGGGAAGAAGGUUACAUCAGGAAUGAGCCCUCAGUUCAAUCUUUAUGGCUGCACUUUGAUUGUACUAGCGGAGUGGAAGCCCCCAGUGUAUGACAACGCACGGGGCAUAAAGCUUGUCACUGCCUCGACUCGAAGAAACUCACCACAAUGUGUGGAUUCGCACAUCCAUCACAACAACCUCAUCAAUAACAUCCUCGCUAAGAUCGAGGGGAACAACGCAGGGGCCGAUGAUGCAGUGAUGCUGGACGUGCAUGGAUACGUCAGUGAAACCAACGCGACCAACAUUUUCAUGGUGAAGAGGGGGCGCAUCUUGACUCCCCUCACCAUGUUUUCAUCCGCCUCCGCUCCCUCUUCUUCCCCCCGUCCCUGCCAUGCAUAUAUGCCAGUUCAUGGUGAAGAGGGGGCGCAUUUUAACUCCUCAUGCCGACAGCUGCCUACCAGGGAUCACCCGUGCCACGGUACUGCAUGGGGAGGGCUGGGGGUAAAUAGGGGAGGAAGGGAAGAAUGGGGAAUAUUGAAGGGGAGAAGGGGGAAUAGAGAAGAGGAGAUGGGGGGAAUAAGGGAGGAAGGAUAG